AUGGUCCAAGUCGAGGUCUUAUUAUGGGCAUGUUUGGUUCUCUUGGUGGUGGCCAAUCUUACCAACGGUAUAGGAGUAAAUUGGGGGGCUCAAACAACAAACUACAUAGUCCCAUCUGCUGUAGUUUCGAUGCUUUUGGAGAAUGGCAUCGAUAAGGUUAAGCUUUCCGACGCCAAUCCUGCAGUGGUUGCUUCCUUAGCAGGGACCGGCAUUGAGGUCAUGGUCUCGCUCCAAAAUGCAGAGCUACCAAAAUUCAAUGGCAAGGCCGAAAAUGCCAGAGAAUGGGUGAGACAGUAUGUCGCAAAACCUGUAAAGGAAGGAUCUGUCAAUAUAAAGUAUGUUUCUGUUGGGAAUGAUCCAUUCUCGAAGAGAUUCAAUAAUAAUACAUUCAUACAAAAUGCUCUCCCGGCAUUGGAAGGCAUCCAAAAAGCUCUUAACGAGGCUGGUGUUGGAGACAAGAUCAAAGCAACCAUACCAUUUGAUGCAGAAGUAUGCAAGUCCGAAACAAAAGGUCCGUCGGGGGGUGUUUUUCGCCCGGACAUUAAGGACCUCAUGGUCCAAAUAGUACAUUUCCUCAACAACAACAAUUCCCCAUUUUUCCUCAACAUGUCUCCCUUCCUUAGUGUGUAUGAAAAUCCUGUUUCCUUUCUAAAUUUUUCCUUUUUUGAUGGGAAUGCGAGUGCAAUUACAGACAAUAAGACCACCUACACAAAUGCGUUUGAUGUAGUUUAUGACACCGUUGUCUCGGCUCUAUCUAAGGCCGGUGUCCCGGACUUGAAAUUAGUGGUUGCGGAGAUUGGAUGGCCAACUGAUGGCGACAUAAAUGCCAAUGUCAAGAAUGCUAAAAGGUUCUACGACGGCUUGGUAAAGAAGGUGUCUGGCAACAAAGCAGGGACUCCACUUCGUCCUGGCACUAUCGACGCCUAUGCCUACACUAUACUUGAUGAGAACAAUAGGAGUAUAGCUAGGGGACCAUUCGAGAAGCACUGGGGCCUUUUUACCUAUGAUGGUAAGCCUAAGUUCUCAUUUGAUUUCACGGGAAAAGGGCGUGAGCCGGAGGCUAUAAAGGGCGUCGUGUUCAUGCCAAGCCGGUGGUGCGUGGUUAACAAUGAGACUAAGGACCGUAAAGAUCUGGAAGAGAAGUUCAAACUUGCAUGCUCAAAGUCGGAUUGCACAAGCUUGGGAUAUGGAUCUUCAUGCAAUAAUUUGGAUUUUCAAGGGAAUGUUUCGUAUGCUUUUAAUAUGUUUUAUCAAAUGCAUGGGCAGAACCUUUGUACGGAAAAGCUAGGCGGCGUGGUAGUCUUAGAUGACCCCUCCAAGGGUGAAUGUGUUUUCCCAAUUACCAAUAUAGGUAAUGCCUGA